CGGCCUCCUAGCCAGGCACGGGCGACGGCUUGGCGGAACCACCUCGUGGCUGCCCUUGCACCGGGGAGGUCCUGCUCCUUGCUCGCGCGGUGACCUUUCUCUUCCGCUCGCCCUCUACCCGGCCGGCAGAAGCAGCCCCGUAAUCCAACGCUUAAGCAAGCGACCAAGCAAGCCAUGGCCACGGCCGCCGGCCCCGAGGAGGCUCUUUCCCUUUCCCUGAAGCUCCGCAGCAUGUUUUACAUCCUCACCCCCAAUGAGACCUCCUUCUGCGCCGUCCAGGAGGUACCUGAUUACGUGAACAAGGCAACUCCUUUGUUUCUUACCCUGAUUCUUCUGGAGUUUGUUGUUAAGUGGGGUCAGAAAGGACAUGCAUCAGCUCAGGACAGCAUAGCAUCCCUCUCUGCAGGUGUCCUGUCUCAACUUCCAGAAGCUUUGUUUAGAAGUGUUGAGAUAACGAUUUUCAUCUAUGUUUGGGAAAACUAUAGACUUAUGGAACUGCCAUGGGACUCACCAUGGACAUGGUAUUUGACAUUCCUUGGAGUAGAUUUUGGAUACUACUGGUUUCACCGCAUGGCUCAUGAGAUUAACUUAUUGUGGGCAGGACACCAAGCUCACCAUAGCUCUGAGUAUUAUAACCUAUUCACAGCAUUAAGACAAUCACUCCUGCAGAAGUAUACGUCAUGGAUAUUCUAUUUACCAAUGGCUCUCUUUAUUCCACCUUCAGUGUACGCCGUUCAUAUUCAGUUUAAUCUCCUUUACCAAUUUUGGAUACACACAGAGGUAAUUAACAAUCUUGGCCCAUUGGAAUUUAUUCUUAACACUCCAAGCCAUCACAGAGUACAUCAUGGCAGAAAUCCAUACUGCAUUGAUAAAAACUAUGGUGGCACACUGAUUAUCUGGGACAGAAUGUUUGGGACAUUUGUUGCAGAAAAAGAUAAAAUCAAGUAUGGCUUAACACAUCCAAUCAACACCUUUGAGCCUUUCAAAAUCCAGUUUCAUCAUUUAAUUUAUAUAUGGAAAACAUUUUGGAAUACACCUGGAUUCUUCAAUAAAGUUUCUGUCGUGUUCAAAGGACCAGGAUGGGGGCCUGGCAAGCCAAGACUUGGCCUUCUUGAGGAUAUCCCAGAGAUCACUGGAAAAGAAGUUCCCUUCAGAAACAAAUUGCCAAACUACCUUUCUGUCUAUACGGUCAUUCAUUUCAUCUUAAUGGCGGGAUUCUAUAUUGACUUGUUUGCUUCCAAAUCUACAUUAUCACAGGUAACUCUACUCAUGAGAAUUGGCUACAUUAUCCUGACACUGACCUCCAUUGGUUUCCUCAUGGAGCAAAGGUAG